CAUCAACAACCACCACACAGCCUUAACCACGUGUCCCACUGCGGUACCCCACAUUGAUUAACCCUGGCUCUCUUCCAGCCUGUCCCCACUCUUUGAUCAUCAUUUUUUAUUAUUAAAUUCCGUUUAGUUUUUGGCAACUUCCUUGGGUCCUUCUCAUCUAUGAUUCUCUCUCCGUCUCUUAUGUAGAUUCCUCCUCUCCCACAGAAAACCUUCAUAUUUUCUAUAAGAUAUUGCUGUCGUAUCUUCAUUUCUCGUUGAUUUUAGAUACCCUUUUGAAUAAAUUUGAAUUCUGAUCCUUUCUUUGGUCGAGAUCUUUGAGUUUUUUUUUUUCCUCGGAGAAAUCAUGGCGGAAGAGCAAUUUCAGGCUCCUGAAGGCCACCGUUUGUGUGCAAAUAAUUGCGGAUUUUUUGGAAGUCCUGCUUAUAAAAAUUUAUGUUCUAAAUGUUACAGGGAUCUUUGCUUGCAAGAGACACAAGAGAAUUCCAAACCUGGCGAUUCUCCUUUAUUUUCAUCCCCGACUUUGGUUGCGCCGUCAUCAUCGGUGGUGGAGACGCGGCCAAUUGAAUCCUCGCCGGAAAAGUCUCCUGCGGUGGCACAACCAGUGGUGCAGCACCAGCCCAGCAGGUGCUUUUCGUGCAGGAAGAAGGUGGGGUUAAUGGGUUUCAGGUGUAGGUGUGGGACCACCUUUUGUGGGAGCCAUCGGUACCCGGAACAACACGGAUGUACCUUUGAUUUCAAGGCCAUGGGCAAGGAGGCCAUUGCCAAGGCCAAUCCAGUGGUCCAAGCUGAUAAGUUGGAGAAGAUAUGAUUACAGCCGUUAAUUUCAAUGACUUUUCUGGCCAAUAAACGCGGGAGAUUAUGCCGGCUAUAGACGAGGAUGACCAUGGCACUUGUGAAUUUGAUGUGAAUAAUUUUUCCUUUUCCUUUUUAUUUUCUCCGUUUUCAUAAUUUAUUAUGUGGGAUUUAGUGAAAGAAAAAGGGAAAAAAAACGAAGAAAAGUUUGAUGUUAAUAAUUUAGAUGUCGCUUUCAUCCUUUAAUGUGUCAUGUGUAUGCAAGAGUAGUUCCUUUCGUACUGUGGCAAAAGCAUUUAGGGUUGCCAACUAUUUCUCUUCACAGCGUAGUUAUAAGCCUUUGGUCCCAUUAUUUGAAAUUUUAAUGGUUGGAGUAGUAUUUUAUUUA